CGGAGGGACGGGCAGAGUCAGCAUCACUGGGGCUCUGCUGAGGAGGAAUGAGAGCGAGUCGCUAUUCCCUCCUGUCUCUCUGCGUCUCUGUCUGUCUGUCUGUCUCUCUCUGUUUGUCUCCCCCCUCUGUUCGUCUCUUCUCCCCUCUCUAAUUUUCUCCCGUCCUGGCUGCAAUGUGGCUGUCUCUGCAGUGAAAGUGCUGGCUGCUGCUGGAUUCUCCUUGAGUGAACCCUGACUGUGCGCAGUGAGCGUUUGCCGCUCUGCCUGCUGUCCUGUUCACACUGACUCAGCUGUGCAGGCAGCCGGCCGGCCUCUGAGAGGGGAACACCGGCUGCAGGGGCAGAGUCUCAGAGUGCUGAGGGGGCUGGCAGGCAGGUUCACCUCCCCCCAGGACUAUACAGCACUGUAGGUGCAUCAUUGGGACGUGCCUCCUUCGGGGUUGAAACACCCAGACUGCAGCUUUCGUAUUUAAUCCAGGCUGUGUCAAAGCAAAGGGAUAUUCUUCUAUCCAAAGCCCGGGCUGGAUCCUGCAGCAGCUUUUAUUUUGGAGCACAUCUGGUGGUCAUGGAGGUCCAGUGGGUUGGGGUUGAAACCCCAAGGCUGGGCCCUCCGCAUACAGCCAUCAGCGUGAUAUUCUCGAUCCUCCUCGGCUUGCGGUACACACAGGCUCUAGAGAUGUCUGUGGGGAAGAUCACCCACAUGGAGGCAGUGAAUGGCAGUACUGUCAUUUUACCCUGCACAUACGCCAGCUGUAUCGGCAUCAAGGACCUCUACUUCAACUGGCAGUUCAACGAAAACGGCACCAUGCAGAAGGUGUGUGAUUCAAUUAUAGUAUCAGAGGGAGUGGUGCCAGAUGUGAAAAUAUAUCGAGAGCGAGUGGAGUUUGUGGGGAUGAAUGACCACAACAACAUCUCUAUCAUGCUUUGGAACAUCACCUUCGAGGAUGCAGGCGAGUACACGUGUUUUGGACGAAACCCCAAAGAGAAGGGCAGGAACCACAGCGCUGUCUUCACCCUGUACGUGGUGGACGAGUUGAGGGUGGUUGACAACACGCUGGCCACCAUGAUAGCCUCAGCUGUUGGUGGAGCCAUUGCACUGUUAAUGGGCUUCAUGCUGCUGAAGAACUUCACCCUCUUUGUUCUUGCCAAACUUGAAGAGAAAAAUAAAGAGUGCCUUGUAACUUCAUCAGGGAUCGACAACACAGAAAACGGCCUCUCAGGAUCCAAAGCUGAUUCAAAACCGACACCAAAAAAGAAAUGA